AUGGGAUCGCACCACCUGGCGGCGGAGAGCAAGCAGGCAGCUGAGAGGUGGAUGGAGCUGCUCUCCGUGACUGCUGCAGCCGCGUCCCUGCAGGUGGAGUGCCUGUGUGUUCGAGCUGGCUUGGUGGAAUCUGGGUGCUCUAUUCCUGACGUGCCAUCAUCCUCCUCCUCCUCCCGUGCUUCCUCCUCGCCCCUUGCCUCAUCGUCUCUCCAACAGUCGCACAUGAUUCAACAAGGCCAUGCCGUUCCAACGUACCCUCCACCCCUCGCACCAUCCCACCCACCAUCAUCCGAUCAUCCCACCUCCUCGUCUCUCCAACAGUCACGCAUGAUCCAACAAGGCCAUGCCAUUCCAAUGUAUCCUCCACCACUCGCACCACCCCACCUACAAUCCGAUCCACCUUCUCACCCACCAUCCCACCCACCGUCCCACCUACCAUCUGCUCUACCAUCUGAUUUUCCAUCCUCUCAUGGCGCACGCUCUAUUCCCUCAUCCUCGCACCAUCAGCGCCCAGGUUCGUCUCCCCCCGCCCGCCCUGCAAAUCAUCCCCUCGCCACCACCAUCACCAGCCCCACCCCUACCCUCACCGCCAACCCCCCCGCUUCGUCUGCGAAUAGGACUGAAUCGAGGCCACACCAGCAGCACCAACAGCAGCAGCAGCAGCAGCAGCAGCAGCAGCAGCACCAGGGGCAGGUGCAGCGGCAGCAGCCGCUGCAGCAGAUGCAAGGGCAGCACUCACAGAAGGCACACGAUCCACGGGUGGCGCAGUGGGUCAUGGAGGGGGGGCAGCUAGCAGGGCAGGGGCAGGUAGCAGAGCAGGGACAGGUAGCAGGUAAUGCUGCUGCUUCUACUUCCCUUGCCAUGGCACCUGAUGGUUCACCUGCAGGUUCCAUGACUGCUGCAUCUGUCACUGCUGUAAGGGUUGUGGCUGGUUCUGCUCGUGCUGUCAGAGGGGCAGCUGAGCUGGCACACUGUGAUUCGCUGUCUGAUGACGACGGUGCAUUUGACUCGCCGCGUUCCGAUUCGUUCCUAUCCCUCUGCUCGGACAACGACUGGGGAACGCCGGGUUCGGCGUUUGCGACGCCCAUGCUAGCGGCAUCCACCCCUUUGUUCACAGCAGGCUCUACUCCCGUUAUAGCAGGCUCCACUCCCACGUAUAGAGGCAGACCCCCCACUGUUGCUGCCAUUGCAGCUCGACUCGCCAGGCUAUCUUCGUCACCACAUGCUGAUGCAACAGCAGGCGCUGCUGAUGUGACCACGGUUGCAGAGGGAUCAGCUGUGGUUACGGUAGCUGCGGCUACAGCAGCUAUUGCUGUUGGUACAGAUGGGAGGCACAUGCCAGCAGCAGCAGGUGGUUCAGAGGAUACAGGUGCUACCUGUAGCGGCAGCAGUGGUGUCAGGAGUGACGGCUGUAGCAGCUACAGAAACGAUGUGAGUGGGGGGAAUGGUGUGGCGUGGCAUGGAGAGGCUGCAUGUGAACCACCUGAACAAGCUCCUGAACAGUCACCUGAAGGCGCAGUGUGCGUUACAGCAUGUGAGCACCACCCUUUGGAAAUCGGAUCUAGCAUACAGGUAUCCUCAUUAUCAACAGCAGCAGCAGACGCAGCAACAGCAUCAGCAGCAGCGGCAAAAGCAGCAGCAGCAGCUGACCGGAAUAGCACUGCAGGCGCAGCUCACUGCAUUGAAGGCCGAAGCUGUAUUCAAGGCAAGGCUGUACCACGAGAAGUUGCCACGGAUCACUGUACGACAGGAGCAGCUGAUUCCUUUCCCUCUGAUGCUUCUGACUUUGAGCCGUCGCUGCUGGCAGUGCUGGCAGAAUCCCGAGGGUUGGGGCAUGCCUCUGGGUUCGCUGGUGUGGUGGGAUUCUUUGAAGAGGGGGGAUUUGAGGAGGAGGAAGAGGAGGAGGAUGGAAGGAUGGGAGGAAGGGGUUAUGAAGUUAGGGAGGACGCUGUUUGGAGUGACUCGGGAAGGAUUGGUCAACGAGAGGGUGAGGGGGGUGUGGAGAGGGAGGGAGUGGGGAGAUGGGGAGAGGGAAUGAAUGGAUCCUGUCAGGCAGCAGAGGGUGAUGUUUCAGAGGCUGAUGGGAGUAGAGGCAAGCUGGCCUCUGCCAUGCACCAGCAGAUACACGGGAAUGGUAAUUCGGAGGGAAGAUUGCGCAUGGAUGCACCGUCAAGGGUAUCUGCACCACCAGCAGAAACAUCUCUGAGAGGAGGCUCGGCAACUGAAGCAGCAGCAAUAGAAUCAGUGUGUCGAUCUUUCACGCUACCCUCAGCAAGUGCCCUUACAGCCAGUGCCUCCAUAGUCCCCACUGUCACUGCUCUGCAUCCCGGAAACGAAUCCGCAACAGCUGCUGUGUCUCCCACAUCGAAGUACCCUGUCGGGUGUUCAUCCCUUCCAUCCUCUCCUCCCCAUACAGUCACACCCCCCAUGCUCACAUGGAGCGAGCUCUCUCCAACCCCAGGCAUGUCAGGAGGAGCAUGUCAUGCUGCCCGCUCCAGAGGAUUGGGGUUGCCUGGUGGGCGAUCUGGCAAGGCAGCUGUGGAUGGUGGGGAGAUUGUGGGAGAUGCGGGGGAAAUAGGAGGAGGGAGAGGAAGAGAAGGGGGGAAGGACAGGAGUGAGAGAUGCCAUUUUAUGCAGGAGCUUGAGAGGAGGUGCAGAGACAAUGAUAAGCAGGCUGAUGGUGACAGUGUAGAGAUGGAUGGGCGCAGAACAGGGGAGAUGUGGAGGCAGGGUGAGGGGGGGACAGGAUGGGAUACAGGAAGACUGGAUGACAGAAAUGGGAGUUUCAGAGGGGGAUUGACAAUGCAAGAGUCGAGAGCGAGAGGUGAUGGUGGGAGAAAUGGAACAAAGGGGCAGAGAUUGGGGGCACAGGAGGACAUAUGGAGUGGUUUCCGGUGGGGUUGGGGUGCGGGUGGUUCAGCUUCUAAGGGGGAAUCGUCAUCACACGAGUUGCGGGCGCUGCUGCGGCUUCAGCUGCGAUUUGAGCGAGCCAUGACCCAACUAAUGAAUUGCCAGUCGGAGUUGCUGGCAAAAGACCAAAUAAUAUCUUCACUGGAAGCACAGGUGUCCGCUCUGGAAGUUAAAGUUUCAUGCCUGGAAAAUGACAAUCAUAGGCUUAAGAGAAUGGUGUCCAACAGUGAGAGGUAG